UCCCCGCGUGGUAAGUUUGGUAGCUAAGGAACUUCAGCGGUCGGCUAACGGGAGUCUCUCGAGUUUCUCCGUCGAGUCGUUUGACAAAACGCCUGGGAGAACCUAUCCAUUUAGUACAAAGCUACAUUAUAGAUAAUGUCUGAUCUGGUUGUUUCAUUUACAAAACGGUAUCCUUAGCGUUAACUAUUCCUGUGCUGUCCAAACGUCUGGCUAUAUAGCUUAGCUGCCUAGCUAGCCAGCUACCUGUCAUUUUCUAAGCCGGCGCCGGGAGCUCGGUAUCUUAGCACAACUUCACUAUAUAUUUUCGCAGUCAGUUUAUUCAGUUAAAGCGCAGCCAAGUUCAUUUUCGACAUGUCAGAAGAAUUAGAACAUAUCCUCACUCAGCUGACACAGCCCGAUAACGCAGCUAUCCAAAAGGCCACUGCUCAGCUGAAACAGGCUUUCAAGGACCCAGCCAUCAUUCCAGCAUUAUGCACAGUUAUGACUCAGUCCGCAAAUCCACAGAUCCGGCAGUCAGCUGUAGUAAUGUUGAGAAUGAGAGUGAAGAAGCACUGGAAGAAGAUCAGCCUAGACCAUAGAGAGAGCCUAAAAGCAGUAGUCCUGCAAGCUUUUCAACAAGAAACAGAGCACACAGUUCACCACUCUCUGUCUCAGCUGAGUGCAGCGAUGGUGAAAAACGAGGCCCCUGACCGCUGGCCUGCCCUGCUUAAACUGCUAAAUGAGUCCACCAAUAGCAACAAUCCUCAGGACAGGCAGCUGGGUCUUCUGCUGCUUAGUAAAGUAGUAGAGUCCAACCCAGAGCCCUUUAAGCCCCACUACAAGAAACUGCUUCAGCUGUUUGGCACUGUGCUCCAGGAUGGGACGAAUCCAACUGCUUUGUACUACUGUAUCCUCACCCUUACUGGCAUCACACCUUACACCGGCACAGAGGAGAUGAACCUGAUGCGUUCAUUGAUCCCCAAACUGAUAUUUGCUCUUAAACACCUCAUUCAAGUAGACCAGGACCAGGCCAGUGAAGCCAUGGAGGUUCUUGAUGAGUUAAUGGAGAGUGAGGUUUCCAUUGUGGUCCCUUAUAUUGCUGAGAUUGUUCAGUUCUGUUUGGAAGUCAGUGCAGAUGUUUCACUCAGUGACUCUCUACGUGUCAAGACUCUGUCUUGUAUUGCCCUCCUCAUUAGACUUAAGAGCAAGGCUGUGUUAAAGCACAAGCUCUUGGCUCCGAUCCUGCAAGUGGUGUUUCCCAUCCUAAGUGCAGAACCACCUCUUGGAGAGGAGGACCCGGAGGAUAAGGAAAACGGUGACGGCAGUAGUGACAGUGAGAGCCCUAAGCAUUUUGCUGCUCAGGUGAUUGACACGAUGGCCCUUCAUAUGCCGCCAGAGAAGCUUUUUAACCAGUUGAUGCCCAUGAUUCAGGCCUGCCUGGCCAGUAAGAACCCAUAUGAAAGGAAGGGAGGACUCAUGAGUCUAGCAGUACUGGCAGAGGGCUGUGCAGACCACAUCCGCACGAAGAUGCUGUCAUCAGUGCUGCAGACAGUGUGUCACAGCCUAUCUGACAGUAAUCAGGUGGUGCGGAGUGCAGGCCUCUUUGCUCUGGGUCAGUUUUCUGAGUACCUGCAGCCUGAAGUGAGCAAAUACCAUGCAGAGUUGAUGCCAUUGUUACUAGGCUAUAUGUCCUCUCUGAAAGAGGCCAAAAUUGGCCAUGUCACCAAGGCUUUUUAUGCCCUGGAGAACUUCUUGGAGAACCUGGAUGAGGAUAUUCAGUCAUACCUGCCUACUCUUAUGGAGACUAUGUUCUCAGCACUCAACACCACAGACAACCUCAAACUCAAGGAGCUUGCUGUCAGUGCUAUAGGAGCUAUAGCUAAUGCUGCCAAAGAGAUGCUGGUACCCUAUUUCUGCACUGUAAUAGAGAAUUUGAAAGGCUUCCUGACAGAUACACGGGAUGAAGUGAGGUCACUGCAGACCCAGGCAUUGGACACUCUCUCUGUAUUGGCUCGUACCAUUGGUAAGGAUGUCUUCAGUCCAUUGGCGGCAGAGUGUGUACAGCUGGGUCUGAACCUCACGAAUUCUGUGGAUGAUCCGGACCUGCGGCGGUGCACGUAUAGCUUAUUUUCGGCCGUGUCUUCCGUUAGCCCAGAAAGUCUUACUCCCCAUCUAACUGCCAUUACCACACUGAUGCUACUGUCACUAAAAUCUACAGAGGGUGUGAUGGCUCACCUAGAGGAGGAGAAGCAGUUUGUUCUGUUGGAUGAUGAUGACGACAAUGAUGAUGAGGGUGAUGCUGUGUUGGAGGAAGAUGGCGAGAAUGAGUUGGAAGAUGUUACUGGGUUCUGUGUGGAGAAUGCUUACAUUGAUGAGAAAGAGGAUGCUUGUGAUGCCCUGGGCGAAAUUGCCUUCAGUACUGGUGCUGCGUUCCAGCCUUUUCUUGAGUCAAGCUUUGAGCAAGUCUAUGAGCUGCGUGACUUUCCGCAUGAGGACGUGAGGAGAGCUGCCUUCGGUGCCAUAGGCCACUUCUGCCGGGCUCAGCACAAAGUGUGGCAAGACAAUCCUACUGAGGGUAAUCACCAGGCUCUGCAGAAGCUGCUUGGGGUGGUGCUGCCCUGCUUUAUGGAGGCUGUGAAGCAGGAACGAGAGAGGCAUGUGGUGAUGGGGGUCCUAGAGGCCAUGAACGCUGUCAUCAAGUCCUGUAAGGAGGAGGCACUGCAGAGCCCAGACAGGCUGGCCGAGAUCAGCCACACCAUCCGUGACGUGCUGAAGAAGAAGACUGUUUGUCAGGAUGCAGGAGGCGAUGAGGCAGAUGAUGAUGACCAGCAGGCUGAAUAUGAUGCCAUGCUGCAGGAGUUUGCUGGCGAGGGAAUUCCUAUCCUGGCUUCAGCCGUUCCAGCUGAAACCUUCUAUCCACACCUCAACGACCUGCUGCCCCUCAUAAUGAACAAAGCGAAGUCCUCGUGCACGGUGGCAGACCGCUCCUUCUCUGUGGGCACGCUAGGGGAAACCCUGCAGUCCCUAGUGAACGUGCAGGGGGGCAGGGCCGUCGCAGGGCGGCUGUCCAAUCGGCUGCUGCCCGUGCUUGUGGCUGGGGUUAAGGACAGUGAUGCAGAGGUGCGCAACAACAGCGUUUUUGGCCUGGGGGCUCUCGCUGAGGCUGCUGGGCCCAUCAUUUCCUCCAAUUACCCGAUGAUGCUGUCUCUCUUCUCGAACCUCCUGGUCAAAGAGUCAGACCGAAGGGUGAUUGACAAUCUGUGUGCUGCUCUGUGCAGGAUGAUAAUGAGCCACAUGGAUGGCGUCCCACUCGAACAGGUACUUCCUGCUCUCCUGGUGCGCCUCCCUCUGCAGGAAGACAUGGAGGAAAAUAAGACUGUCUACAGCUGCCUGGCUUUCCUCUAUUCCCGCAAUCCAGCACUGGUUGUUAGUCAUAUGAAGCCAGUACUGUCUGCUGCAACAGCCAUCCUAGGGACGAAGGAUAUUGGUGCAGACACCCAGAACACACUUGUCACGAUGCUGAGAGAUGUCGCCCACAGAUACUCCCAGGAAUUUGAGAGUGCUGUGAUGUCACUUUCUGUGGAACAAAGGACCAAGCUGACCGCAGCUCUUGCUCGGUCAUAGCUUGUCUCCUUCUACGUGGCUUCCACCAGAAAUGUAUUUCUAAUAGGAUUUUUUCCCUACAUGAGACCUUGACUAUUUGAGUUAUCCAAGCACAUGAGCACUUCCCUACUACACUGUUUUGCAGCAGCGAUGUUCCCUGUUGAUAUUUGUUUUUCACAAUGUCAUAUCUUUUUUUUCUUUUUAAAUUAACUGUUAUUUAGUACAGUCUUCUGCUACUGUAGCAACUAAACAACAUUGUGGAUAAUUUGGAGAGUGAAGAUAUGAGUUCACCUUGCAUGGAAAGAAAUGCCACUUGAAAACAUGCUCAUCGUUCUUCUAUAUUUAGUACACAUCACUCUACAAGUUGCAGUCAUGUUGGUAUUGUUAAAUGAACUGUUAAUCAUUUUUAUGAAAGAAUCAUUUUAUUUAUGAGAUACAUUUUGAAUUUUAAAGGAAAGUGUAUAGUAGCUCAUAUGGAGUACAGAUAUUUCACACAGUAUUUUCAAAAUGUGUAAUGUCCAGAAAAUUAAUCUCCUGGAUUACCAAUAGUUCCUAGUUAAUAGUUCAGUAAUGACACAUCAUCUUCAGUAAACUACAAGCAGUUAUUUGUAUUUGACAUGCAAAUUGUUAACAAUUUAAAAUAAGCUUCUUCUGAAUGGAUGAGAGAGCAUUUAAAGUUUGUCAGUUUCUUUACACACUUGCAAUGAAUUGUAACUGCCCUUUCUUUUGAGAGUUUGUUUGAGAGUUUUCUUUCAACUGAAUUUCCACCCUAGCCAGGACUUCAUAAAAUCCCUGAAAUAACACAUCUGUAUUCAGGAAAUGCUACAGUAGUCAGUGUGGUAUGGGUAAUGGCAGUUUAAACAAACAGGACCCUGAUUAAAAUGCACUGUUAGAUUGCU